GCGCACGCGCGCGCUCCGAGAAACACACGACCUCUGUGCGGCUGCUGGCGCAGGGGCGGCACUAACAAGUUACGGGAGGUUGAUACGUCAGAGCAACUGCGUCGUCUGUGAAAACAACAACAAAAAAAAAAAAAAGUGAGCUGAAGGGAGUGAUUAGACGAGAGGAGGGUGAAAGAAGAGAGACGAGCUGGUUGCGCUCACACCAAGGCGAGCGCGAGACAUCGGAGAGCCAGUUGUGUCAAGCGGUUGAGUCAGUGCGCUUCAGCACCACUCCCCUGUCAGAGCGGGAUCUGCAUUCUCACACAGCCUCUCAGACUGCUGCCACUGAUUAACUUGACUGGAGGAACCUCAAAGCUGUGGAUGCCAUCAGCAAAGGUCUUUCACUACCCAAAAGUGGGCAACAGUCCAUGGACCUAAGUGUCUCCCACAGGCUGGUUCAUCCAGGCCGAGAUUCGGCUAUGCUGGCCCCCCACCGUCCCUUGUUCCUGGGACCAUUUACCUCUCAGCCCUGCUCUCAGUUUCCAUACCAACACUUGCAGUACAACACCGAGCAAAGGCAAAGGGAGAUGGAGGCUGAGAAGCAAGAAGAGCUCCAGCAGCUAAUACGAAAGAGCAAAAAUGAACAAAGUGCGGUAGCCAGUCCACUGGUGAGGCAGAAACUCAGAGAGCACAUCAUUAUGAAGAGCCAGCCCACCCAUGACAGGGUCACCCCCAAGCACAACAGUCCCACGCCAGGAUACGGGCACCCACUUCCAGACAUGCCCCCAAAGUCUCAUCCGUCACCCGGUGACAUCCAGCGGAAGGAACUGCGGAGAACAGUGUCUGAGCCGACACUAAAGUGGAAGUUAAAGAAGCUCAUCAGCACAAGACCAAACCCGUUGCAGAGAAAGAUCAGCGCCCCUCCUGCUGUCAAGCACAGGACAGAAACUCUCGACUCUUCUCCCAGCAGCACUCCGGCAUCCGAUUGUAGCUCUCCCAACGACAGCCUCCAUUCAGACAAUGGAGCCCUCCCACUCGCUCACGAGGCCCAAAAGCUUCUGCUGAAGGAUGGUCGAUUGGCCAAUUUCACCCUGCCCACCAAUCCAUCCGCCAGGCCCAACAUCACUGCAGGACUUCCCGCGCAUGUUGACCUGCGAGUAGCCAGGACUCUGGCAGUAUCCGCUCUGCCUCAAGUCUACUUACCUCUCGAUGGAAAUUUUCCAGCCCAGGCUCACGGCUUGCAGCCCGUACUCAUACUGGAACCGCAUACCGGGCUUGUACAAUCGCAACUCAUCUCCUAUCAAGGUUUGAGUCCUGCUUCCCUGCAACAGCAACGACACUUGACUUCCCCUACAAGAAAGGAAGGCCUCAACACCUUUUCUGCCCACAAACCUUUGGAGCGAACACGCUCCGAACCUCCGCCCUACAGCCACUCGCCCUUGACUCUGCAUGCCGGCCUUCAGUGUCACACUCAGCACCAGCUGCCUCAGCAAUGCCACAAGAGUGGGGUGGAGAGGUUCAAAUUGAAUUCCCUCCUGAGCAAGAUCCCAUCAGAGGACAUGGACCUGGAGGAAAUUGGAUCAGAGUCCGGGUCCGUGUGUGGCUCUGAACCGGGCUCGGUUUGUGAGGACAACUGUCGCAGGAGACAGAGCUCAGCCAGCACGGACUCGGUUUAUGACACCGAGUCCACCACCUCUUCACGGGAAAGCCUGAUUGAGACCUCGCAUUCCGUCGGCCAGAGGCAGUUGGUCCAUCGAUCGGGAUUCCACAUGGACUCGCCUAACGUGCCUAUCCUGAUGUGGCCUCACCAGCCUUUGGUCCGGACCCAGUCCUCCCCGGCCUCUACCUCCCUGCCUCCCCUUCCCAAUGCAUCCGCAACCGUGCCCGUUUCUCUGUCCAGUCCUGCUCCAGAUGUGAAGCUCCGCUUCACCACUGGGAUAGUCUAUGACGCUCAGAUGCAAAAGCACCAGUGCACCUGCGGGGACAACAGCAGCCACCCCGAGCAUCCCGGGAGAGUCCAGAGCAUUUGGUGCCGACUGCAUGAAAGAGGCCUGCGCAGCCAGUGUGAGCAUCUCGGAAGUAGGAAGGCCACUUUAGAAGAGCUGCAGUCGGUCCAUUCCGAAAAACACGUGCUCCGGUACGGCACCAACCCUCUGCACCGCCUCAAGAUCGACAACCCCAAGUUGGCUCGAAUCUUGGCUCAACGUAUAUUUGUAAUGUUACCAUGUGGAGGAGUGGGGGUCGAUAAUGACACGAUCUGGAAUGAGUUUCACACAGCAGCAGCGUCUCGUAUCGCUGCCGGCUGUGUCAUCGACCUGGCACUCAAGGUGGCGCAAGGAGACCUGAAGAACGGAUUUGCAGUGGUGAGGCCGCCCGGGCACCAUGCCACGCACUCCUCCCCUCUGGGUUUCUGCUUCUUCAACUCGGUGGCCAUCGCUGCCAAGCAACUCCAACAGAAACUCAAUGUGGGCAAAAUCCUCAUCGUGGACUGGGAUGUUCAUCAUGGCAACGGUACCCAGGAAGCCUUCUACAACGACCCGGGCGUCCUGUAUAUCUCGCUACAUCGCUACGAUAACGGCAACUUUUUUCCUGGUGGUGGACAUCCUAACGAGGUCGGUGUGGGGGCAGGCGAGGGCUUCAACGUGAACAUUGGAUGGACAGGUGGUUUGAAACCUCCCAUGGGUGAUGCCGAGUACUUGGCUGCAUUCAGAGCCGUGGUGAUGCCCAUCGCCCACGAGUUUUCCCCUGACGUAGUGCUGGUCUCAGCCGGAUUCGACGCAGUCGAAGGCCACUCGCCGUCGCUGGGCGGCUACGUGGUCACAGCCAAGUGUUUUGGGUUCCUCACUCGACAGCUGAUGUCACUAGCCGGAGGUCGCGUGGUUCUGGCUCUGGAGGGGGGACAUGACCUCAAGGCCAUCUGUGACGCCUCUGAAGCCUGCGUCAGCGCCUUGCUGGGAAUGGAGGUGGAGCCUUUGUCCCAAUCAGUGUUGGACCAAAAACCUUGCGAAAACGCUGUGCAGUCACUACUGAGUGUCAUCCAGGUUCAAGGUGACUACUGGCAGAGCGUGAAGGACUCGGCCGCCACCGUGGAGCUGUCCUACCUGCAGGCCCAGCGGCGAUGGCUGAGGCGAGACUCGGACAGCGACGCCGUCGAUGCCAUCGCCUCGCUUUCCAUGGGAGCUGCCACCUCUGACAGGAAAAAUGCAGCAAAAAUGCCAGAGAACAGUCAUUCCACAUGAAGAGGGAAUCUUCGGAAGCAGACGACCUUCUCACGUUCCUUAAUGGAAGCACACACGCAUACCCACGCACACACACAAAUGUGCCUGUGAAGGAGAGUAGACAUGAAUAACCAAAAGAAAUCAUUCAUUUUGCACUAUGUACCAGCGUAUGUGGACAGUUCAAAGAGAUUUUUUUUUUUCCUGGUCCGGCUACAGUGAUUUUUUUUUAUUUGAUUUUUAAAAAAAUCUUUUCACUUGGCCUUGGAUGUCGUGCUUUUUGACCGAGCCCACCGCCAUCGCAUCAUAAUCUGCAAGGAUUUCUUUACACACGAGACAAGCCUCGAUGCGGCGUGACCAAUCGAAGAUGAUUGAUGUCAUGUUGUGAGGAGUCCACAGUGCACAUGCCCUUCGGGACGGAGGGAAGGGGGGGGUUGCUUGGACUUGAUGGUGUCAAGUCUUUUUUUUUUUUUUUUUUUUCUACCUGUGGAUGAUCAUUCCUGCUGAAUUUUUGUAAAAAGUACUUAAUACUUGUAUGUCUUCACUAACUCUGGCUCCGCCGCAGAAGGCCUUUGUGAUUCAACUGACUCAUGUUCGCAACUGAACGCCGUUACUUAAGUUAGGACAACAUGUGCCGUCAAUGGACUGGCAUGGCUUUAAGAAGUUUGUGAAUGUCUUUUUUUUUUUUUUUUGUUUAAGUAUCCCCGAAAUGUUGAAAAAGAAAUUCCCAUCUCAAAGAAAGGAUUCUAUAAUUUUGUGUUAUUUAUGCGUAACAUUCUCUGAGAUGCUCUUGUAUGUGAAUGCGCCGUGUUUUCUUUUGUUUUUCGUACAUUGUGUCUGCUCUUUAUGUCUUUGUUAAGGUCAGGUUGUUCAUGCAGCCCGAAAGCUGUCCCCCCCCUGCCCCCCCCUCACCAUCGCUAAUGUGCUGACAAUGUGAAAACAAAUCAUGGCGAGCUGGCUGAUCAAUCCAUUGUUACUAUGUUGACGUUGUACUUUGCAUCUGACAUAUCUUAUUCACCUGUUGUCUUAAACGAAAGCUGAUUUUGUACAGAACGAAAAAGAAAAAAUACUGCCCCAUGUGCUUACUUAAAGAGACCAAACAGUGAAAUGAAGUAUCUGACCAACUUAUGUAAAAGGGCACAUUGACACGAUGCCUUUUUGAGUGUCUGCUUUUUAAUCUUUAUACUGUUGGGAAAAAAAAAAAAGAUUCAAUUAUAUUCAUUUGAAAAAGUU